UUAAUAAAAUGGAAGAAGGAAGGUGACCGUGCGGCUGGAUGUUUUGUCGUUUUCAGCAGGAAUGCCGGCUGGAGACUACGCGGAGCUGGGGGGGAGCCUCCCUGCGCUCGCCUCCCUGAACGCCUCCUACUCCACCUCCCUGUCCCUCCCUUCUCCCUACCUGCUGGUGCCGCCCGCGGAGCGCAGAGCCAUCUCCGACGUGCGCCGCACCUUCUGCCUGUUCGUCACGUUCGACCUCCUCUUCAUCAGCCUUCUCUGGAUCAUCGAGAUGAACAUCAACGGGACGCUCUGGGAGAACUUAGAGGAUCAGGUUGUCAGAUAUAACUUCAGGUCUUCUUUCUUUGACAUCGUACUUCUUGCUGUUUUCCGUUUCCUUUGCCUACAAAUUGGUUACGCAGCGUUUCGUUUGAAGCACUGGUGGGUCAUUGCGAUUUCCACUCUGGUGACCACAGCCUUCCUYGUCGUGAAGGUCAUCAUCUCUGACCUUCUGUCCAAAAAUGCCUUCGGCUACGUUUUGCCCAUCACCUCCUUCGUCGUGGCCUGGUUGGAGACCUGGUUCCUGGACUUUAAAGUUCUGACUCAGGAAGCCGACGACGACCGAGCUUAUUUAGCGGCGGUGAACGCAGCCUGUGAACGAGCUCCUGUCAUCUACCCUCGGGCCGUUUCAGAYGCCUUCUACUCUCCGCCUGAGUCRGUCGUAGACUCGGAUGAGGAGCUGGACGAGGAGGGCCGUGGGCGAAAAGCCAUCAGUACUCAGGACAAGGAGUAUGUUCAGCAGGGUCGGGAGGCCAUGUCUGUGGUGGAGCAGAUUCUUACUCAGGAGGACAACUGGAAGUUUGAGAAAAACAAUGAUAUGGGAGACUCUGUUUACACUCUGGAGAUUCCCUACCAUGGAAAGACUUUUAUUUUGAAGGCCCUGAUGCAGUGUCCCGCUGAGCUCGUCUACCAGGAAGUGAUUCUGCAGCCGGAGAAAAUGGUUCAGUGGAACAGAACGGUGUCUGUCUGCCAGAUCCUGCAGCGGGUCGACGACAACACUCUGGUGUCGUACGACGUGUCGGCUGGCGCAGCAGGAGGAGUGGUGUCCGCGAGGGACUUCGUUAACGUUCGGCGAGUCGAACGCAAGCGAGACUGUUACAUGUCUGCCGGCAUGGCCGCCAGCCACGAAUCCAAACCCCCGUGCAGCCGCUACGUGAGGGGAGAAAAUGGUCCCGGAGGGUUUGUGGUCCUGAAGUCCUGCAGUAACCCRUCUGUGUGCACCUUCAUCUGGGUCCUGAACACAGACCUGAAGGGUCGUUUGCCUCGAUACCUCAUCCACCAGAGCCUGGCCGCCACCAUGUUUGAAUUCAUGUCCCAUUUACGCCAACGCAUCAUCGACAUUCGGCCUUCUCACCACCAUCAUCAUCAUCAUCAUCAUAAUCACCACCACACCUAAAGCAGGAGACGCAUCCUGCCAGGAAAAACAAACAAACAAGACGGCAGCAGUUUGUGGGAUGUUUCUGAGCUGAAACUGAACAGACUUUAUUUGGAAGGAGAUCAAAAUUGAGACACUUUUUUAAAAUGGACUUAUAUCUGUUGCUCCGCCUCUCGAUGAGAUGAGGACUGACCCCAGCUGAGGUACUGCUGCACUUUACUGACACAUGAAGGCCUGCAGCAGGACCGGACUCUUAUUGUGAAAAAACAAAACAUCUGAGCCUUUUCUUACAGAACACAGAGUUUAUCAUUGAUUUGCUGCUUUUUAUAUAUAUAUAUCUGUAUCUAAAAUUAUCACUGCACUGUUUAAAUAUAUUUUUCUUUCACCUGUUUGUGUCGCAGCUGUAAUUUCUACAAACACCAGGUUUGAAGGCUCUAAAAAUGUUCACCUUUCUGUAGAAGGCAGGGGCGCGCUGCUGCCGGCUCACCACUAGAGGGAGACAUCACAUUCCUGCAGUUCAAUGAUCUGGGUUCUUUUAAUUCCUUGAAAAGGUUCAGAGAAAUGAAGAUGUUAUCAGUUUCUGACUGCAGCUGUCUUGUGCCAAACACUUUUAAURGCCUCGUGGUUUAUUUCUUUUGAUUUUCUUUCAGUAAAUAUGAAUUAAAAUCUGAACMGACUCUUCCACAGACCUCCCUGAAGGCUUCUAUUGUUUCCCCACUUUUACUUUUUCACCUAAUGAAGCAAUAAAUARUCAGAUUGUCAUGAAUCAGAACUGCUGCGACUCGGUUUAAACGUCUUUAGAGACUUUGUUUUUGACGCUCAGAACUCGUGAGAGAGCAUAUUUGUGGUUUCAGCUCUGAAACUUGUGACGAUCGGAAAUAAUUCAUGUCCGUGGCUGUUGAGAAUAAAUGUAUGUUAAUUUUAGCUGCUCACUGUACAAAUGAGAYGAAAAUGUAAAAUAAUUGUGCCUUUAUCACUAAUAUUAACCUUUUUGUUGCUUCACGUUUACUUCAUGCUGUUUAAUCUUUAAACAAACUAAAUGCACAAAAAUCUGCUUGUUUAUGACUUCCUGUUGAUUUAUGUGUCAGUCAAACAUGUUAGCUUAAAGCCACUGACCAACUGUUUUUACUGAGUCUUAAUAUUUCAUGUCUAAUAAAACGGAAAAUCCUGA